AUGCAUGAGUGGCACUCGAGACCCGGCCCGCCGCAUCCAACCGCUGCGAGCACAGCACCGAGCUCCGGGGCGACGAGAGCUCCGCGCGCGCGCGCGCGCUCAGAGCGCCUCAUGCCUGGCCGCAAGCGUCCGGCGGAGCAGCCGGAAUCGGAGCCAGGCAAGAGCAAGCCGCGCUUCGAGGCUUGCGAGGAUCCGGCGCACAACGGAGCCCAUGAGGAGUUGCGCAAGUGCCGAAAAGAUGGACUUGUGCGGUGCGAAAACUGCCGGCAAGGCCAGAAGAAGCUCUUGACGGCCGUGGGCUCCCGAGGCCUGGACUUGGCGGCGCACUUCCGCGCGAGAAGGGCCAAGCGCGGCGUGGAGGUGGUGGCCAGUUCGCCCGAGGUGGACCUUGAGGAUCAGCCCGACGAAGCCUUCGCCAUCGAUCCUGCGGGGCCCUUGCGACUGGAGGAGGCGCCGACAGAUGUGCCAAGCAGCUCUGCAUCUCCCAUGUCGGACUCCUCCAACAACACGCCCCCGAAGAAGCGUGGGAAGAAGCGCAGCCUUCCAACGAAGGAGAAGCAAGGUGUCUGCCUGCAUAUUGGCUGCGAUGUGUGCCGCAGAUGGUACGUGGUGGACAGGCUCCUGUUUGAACAUUGGAAGGAUGCCAAGUUUACUUGCUGCAUGAUUGGGGAGACUUGCAGCCGGAAGGAGACCCACACGGCGUUGGUCUCUGUGAAGGCCCCUGGCGCUUUGUCGCGCAUGGGCAGGCCUUGCUCAUUGCCCGAAAGCAGGCCACAAGUUCUGCCGCCGGGCUGCUGGGACCUCUGGCGCCCCUCCUCCGCCCUCAGCUCCGCCUCCCCGCGAAUCUUUGCGGCGCCCAUGGCCCUGGCAGAGCGGCGCCAAGAGGCCCAGGAUCUGCUCUUCGAGGCGUUCCAGCACGACACCUCGCAGAGCACCAUCCGCGAGCUCCUGGGCUCCGCGAUCCAGAAAGGCCGCACUCAGCGGACGGCUCCAAAGACUUGGCUCGUGUGGCAGGAGAGCCAGCCUGCCUCGAGCUCACAGCCGGGGGAGCUGCUCUCAGCGGCCGUGUUGGCCUGGCAGCGCUACACCUCGGUGGGGCCCAGGGCGUUGCAGGGUGGCAUGGUCUUGGAGUACAUCGCAGUGAGACCGGGCGCUGGCGGCAAGGCAUACUGGCUCGUCCUCGCAGCAGAGGAGGUGGCCUUGCUGAUGGGCCAGAGUGAGCUUUUCAGCGCCUGCGAUCUCAACCAAGGCGGCCAGGCCUUCAACGGCCGCGCGAGGCCCGCGCUGGAUGCGCACCUCAGAUGGGGCUUCCAGGACACGGACAUGAAGGAAUGGCGGGACCGGCGGCUGGAAGGUUACGCUGAAGGAUGCGAUGUCCGCUACAUGGUGAAGGUGCUGGGCCAGUGA